AUUUUGUCUAUGCACAACCUCACAUCUUAAUUAAAAAUCGUGAAUAAAUUCAUUAAAUUGUGUCCAUAAACAUUUAUAAUUUUUAACUUUUGUGAUAUUAUAACAAAGAAAGCUACCUUUUGUAUAAAUUGCGUACUCAUUCUUUGGAAAAUUGUACCAAUAAUUCCUAAAAAAAAUCAAUUGUGCAAGAACAGGUCUAUUUUUCUCCUUAAAAUCGAAAUUUAUCAUCAUUUAUAUCGUGAAAGAGAAUAAUAAUCUGCGCAUAACAAAAUAGUAUAUUUAGAUUUCAGUCCAAUCAUUCAGUACAUCAAAUAAAACAUAAAACUAUAUUACUUUCUGAAGUGUGCAAAGGCGUAAAUAUUGAGAAGAAAAUGACUGCCCCUAUGGAGAGGAUUCAAAUUCUUGAUGAUAUUGAAAAAGAUAUUAUUACGUGUCUGCAAUGUGCAGCACAAGCUCUACUAGAAUUAAGCAAAGAAAAGUCUGGUCAAAAACAGGCUGAAACAAACACUUCACAAUUUUUAAGAACCUUAAGCCAGGUAGAGUCAAAGCUGAGUGACCAAAUAAACUAUUUGACUCAAGUAUCUACAGGCCAGCCUCAUGAAGGAUCUGGUUAUGCAUCACAGAAAGUGCUGCAAAUGGCUUGGCAUCGGUUAGAGCAUGUACGAUCUUGGGUCAACGAACUGGACCGCCUGAAAGCAUCACAUCUUGCUGCCACUAGAUCUGUAUCAGGAAAUGUACAGAAUGGGAACAUGACAUCAUCUGGAACCAGUACCUGAUACUAGCUAACCGCUCCUUACUGGUUUUCCAUGGAUAUAUAAGUGAUAACACUGGACUAUUAUGAAGUUUAAGAUUUUCUUCCUAAUUAAUAAGUAGUCUCUAAAAAUUAAUUCUUGUUUUAAUUGUAUCUUAUAAAUACAUAUUGUGUAUAUACUAUCUUGUAAAUUGACUCAGUUGUAUAAAAAACUCAUUUAUAUUCAUGUCUUGUGUCCUUGUUACAUUUAUAAUUACUUCUUUAAGUUUGAGCCACUCAGUUUUGUGAAUUUGUUACUAUCUAUCAACACAAGUAGUUAGAACUAUAUGUUUAAUUAUUUUUGUAUUACUGAUGGUUAUUGUAUCUUGUUAUAAGACUUGGUAAAGUAAAGCCCUUAGGUUAGGUACUUAUGAACUUAAGAUUUAGAAAUAUAAAGGUAGUUAUUUUAUUGGACUUUUUAUGUAAUUCCAGUAGAUUCCUAUUUAAAAUAUAAUAGCAACCCAAUUUAGCUUACUAAUAAAUAAUGAACAAUGAAGUCGAAAUAUAGCAAUCAGCUAGUGCUUUGUAUAAAUCUAUUAAUAUUUCAUUGUGAUGUAUUUCAACUACCAAGAACUAAAAUAGGUAUAUGUCUUGUGUAAAGAAAGGUCUGUGGAUACUGCCAAGUAAAUUAGAUUGUGCAUAGAAGCCAACAAAUAUCUAAUACCUUUGCUAAUGCAAUUGUUUGGCAGUGUCAGUGUUUCAUUUGAGCUGAGCAAUAAUUAAUCAAAUUAUCAAAAUAAUAAGUUUGUUAAAAUUCUGUAUUCAUAUUUAUUUUCAAGCUCAUCAUUUUCAAAUACUUGUUUACUUUGCUGGACAGACAAGCUGAUUGCUUGAUUUUGUUAUUCACUUCCUGUUGGACGCGAUAUUCACUAGCGCCCGAAAUAGCGCAUACCAUCUGAAUAGAUUCAAUUGAAACAUUGCACAUAGCUGCUCACUCUCUUUUGAAUAUUUCGGUUAUACAGUAGUAGUGUAGAUACAUUAUAACAUAAGUGAGAAAUAAAAAAACAUAUUGGAUGCUGAAAA